UUGUCUUUUGUCAGAUUUGUUGAAAAGUGUAAUCGCUUUUUUAUCGUGUCUACUAUUUUCCAUAAAAAUAAAACAAUUUCUUAAUUUCUUAAAUAAAUUCUUUCGCUUAUAUUCUUAUUUUAUUUCAACAAAUAACCAAAUUAAAAUUAACUUUCAAUUUCAUCAUCAUGGCUAUGUCAAAAACAACCAACACCUACAAUCGACAAAACUGGGAAGACUCUGAAUUCCCAAUCCUCUGUCAAACAUGCCUCGGCGACAAUCCCUACGUUCGCAUGAUAAAAGAGAAAUUUGGUAAAGAGUGCAAAAUAUGCACCCGACCAUUUACCAUAUUCCGUUGGUGUCCUGGUGCACGUAUGCGUUUCAAAAAGACUGAAAUCUGUCAAACUUGUGCGCGCUUAAAGAACGUCUGCCAAACCUGCUUGCUCGACCUUGAAUAUGGUUUACCCAUACAAGUUCGUGAUGCUGCUUUGAAAAUUGUGGAUCAAAUGCCUCAAAGUGAUGUAAAUAAAGAAUAUUACAUUCAGAAUAUUGACAAGGAAUUAGCCGACACUGAUGGCACUGAAGCAGCCGGAACUGUUGGCAAAGGUUUAGCUGCCAACGAAAUGCUGUCGAAGCUAGCUCGUACAGCUCCUUAUUACAAACGAAAUAGACCUCAUAUUUGUUCCUUUUGGGUUAAGGGUGAAUGUAAGCGUGGCGAAGAAUGUCCUUAUCGUCAUGACAAACCCAAUGAACCCGAUGAUCCGCUGUGCGAGCAAAAUAUCAAAGAUCGAUAUUAUGGUCGUAAUGAUCCCGUAGCUGAAAAGAUCAUGAAACGGGCAGCUACUUUACCGACCUUAGAACCACCUGAGGAUAAAAAUAUCACCACACUUUAUGUGGGUAAUCUUAGCGAGGACAUAACCGAACCACAAAUUCGUGAUAAUUUCUAUCAAUUUGGUGAAAUUCGUUCGGUGGCGCUGGUGCCUCGUCAACAGUGUGCCUUUAUUCAGUACACAAAACGUUCGGCAGCUGAAAUGGCUGCCGAGAAGACUUUCAAUAAGUUGGUCAUGCAUGGUCGAAAGGUAGCCAUUAAAUGGGCUCAUUCGCAGGCCAAACAAAGUAAUAUGGCUAAAACAGAUCGUCGUUAUGAUAUUCCAGCUAUACCGCCGGUGGCACAGACCAAUCCAAAUGAUUUCUUUAACCUGCAACAAGAGGUUACUGUUUUGCCGCCGGGAAUGAAGCUUCAUCAAAUACCACCAAGCCUCAUUCCGCAAUCAUCGUUUCAGAUGUAUUCUCAAGCGGCUGCAUUUGCUGCUCCAUACUCUUCGAUACCUGUACCUUCGACGAGUGCGUCGGCUGUUGAGUCCAUUCCACCGCCGCCAGGUGGUCCGAUGCAUUACCCGAGUCAGGAUCCAUCACGAUUGGGAGCCAUUAAAAAGUAGUUGAAAAUUAUUUUGAAAUAAAAUUAUAUACAACAUUUUUAGUCUUUAAAA